AUGUCGCAGGAAGAUUUCCCGUCUCGGCUUGGCUCACUCGCGUAUGUUCCAACGGAAGUUUUGUAUCCUGCAGAGCCGGAAUCUGCUGGGAAUGAUCUCUCUUGGUCACCGACUCAAGAGCAAGCGCGUUAUUCCGACGACGGCGAUUCGCCCGGUAUUUAA